AGAAGCCUGGGCCUUCAUGAAGCUCAGCAAACCACCUCCUUCUUCUUCAUCCUCUUCUUAAAAGGUUCGUACGGAGCACGCUCAGUGGAAAACAAACCAGAAGCGUCUGAACACAACAGGACAGUCAUGAUGUCGCCAGAUGACCGAGCCCUCGAGGACCUGCUGUACGCCAGUGACCUUGGUGACGAGAUGGAAGGGGCGGAGCUGGGCAGCAGCCUGGUGGGGGCAGAGGAGAGGGCUGCUGGAGACGAUUCUCAGCCUCUAACAGCUGUGAACAUCCAGGAGCCAAUGACGUGUGCCGGAUGUGGCGAGCAGGUGUGCGACCGCUACUUCCUAUUGGCUGCGGGGAGGGUGUGGCACAACCCCUGCCUCCGCUGCAGCCAAUGUCACUGCGAGCUGCAGACACACCCGUCGCUCUACUGGAGGGACGGAAACAUCUACUGCCAGCAGGACUACUGCAGGAUGUUUGCAGGGGGUCAGUGUGCUCGUUGCUUCCAGCCAAUCCCGGCUUCUGCUUUGGUCAUGAGGUCUGGCGAGCUGACGUUCCAUCCUCACUGUUUCUCCUGUCAGGAGUGUGAUGUGAAAUUAAUGCCUGGGAACCUGUACUGCAUGCAGGGCCCAAACCUCUACUGUCAGGCUCAUUAUCAGGGUGAUGGGGGCGUCCAGCCCCCCCAUGACCUGCAGCCCAAACAGCAUCUGAAAGAUGGUGAGUCCCAGGUCUCUGGUGAAGGGGAGGAGUCCGUCAGCAGUCCAGAGCCACGAUUGGACGACAGGGAGGCGGGUGGGCGGAUCCCCAGGCGGACCAAGCGAAUCAGGACGUGUUUCCGCAGUGAGCAGCUCAGAGCGCUGGAGUCCUACUUCGCUCAGAAGCACAACCCCGAUGGUAAAGACUGGACCUGCCUCGCACAUAAGACCGGUCUGCCCAAGAGAGUCCUGCAGGUGUGGUUUCAGAACGCCCGGGCCAAACUCCGGCGUUCCCUCAGCUCCGACGACUCUCAGGUCAACUCCCCCUGCGCACCUCUGAGAGCUGCAGCCAUGGCAGCCAGCCCUUCAUCCCCGACCUUCUCCCCACCGGACCAGUUGCAGUCGUUCCCCACCAGCACCAUCGACCAGCUGCAACUCUCCCUGCUCACCACCCCGCUCAGUGACCAGCUCAUCGGUCACUCGUCUCAGGAGCUCCUGCAAAGCCCCGUCUUCUUCCCGGACUAUGAUUCCCAGAGUGCAGCGGGGUGUAUGUCCACUCCAGAGGCCCGAGGCGAUUUUGGAGAGGCAGGAGGAGGAAGAGGAGCAGAGGGAGAAGUUAACCCUGAUACUUUUAGUCCACAUUACUGUUAA